GAUGUCCUCCUCCACAUUAACGAAAACAGCCGAGCAGCCAUAUGAACUCCCCUGGGUCGAGAAAUAUCGACCUGUUGUUUUGGACGAUGUCGUCGGGAAUGCAGACACCAUUGAUCGAUUGAAGGUCAUUGCGAAAGACGGAAACUGUCCUCACAUCAUCAUAUCCGGUAUGCCAGGCAUCGGCAAAACGACCAGUAUACAUUGUCUGGCGCACCAGCUACUGGGCGACGCAUAUAAAGAGGGUGUUCUAGAACUGAACGCGUCUGACGAGCGUGGAAUAGACGUCGUUCGAAACAAAAUCAAGACGUUUGCACAAAAGAAGGUCACACUCCCUAAGGGCCGACACAAGAUUGUGAUUUAGACGAAGCGAUAGCAUGACUGCGGGCGCUCAGCAAGCGUUGAGGCGGACGAUGGAAAUCUACUCCAACACGACGCGAUUUUGUUUAGCAUGUAACAUGAGCAACAAGAUCAUCGAACCCAUACAAAGCCGUUGCGCUAUUUUGAGGUAUGCGAAGCUCCGAGACCAGGAGAUUCUGAAGCGGUUGCUGGAGAUUUGUGACAUGGAGAAGGUGGAAUACAACGACGAUGGGCUGACGGCACUCAUCUUCACGUCUGAGGGGGAUAUGCGGCAGGCGAUCAACAACCUUCAGUCGACUCACUCCGGAUUCGGAUUUGUUUCCGGCGACAACGUCUUCAAAGUGUGCGACCAGCCCCAUCCCAUCAUCGUACAGACGACCAUUCGAGCGUGCAUGAAGGGCGAUAUCGAUACAGCGAUGGAGAAGCUCAAUGAGCUGUGGUCACAAGGCUACAGCGCUGUUGAUAUCGUGGUGACUGUUUUCCGAGUGGUCAAGACAUUCGAUGAGAUGCCUGAAUAUACCAAGCUGGAGUAUAUCAAGGAGAUCGGGUUCACACACAUGCGAAUUCUCGAAGGAGUCGGGACACUUUUACAGUUAUCUGGUUUGGUGGCGCGCUUAUGCAAAAUGAACUUGAAACCAGAACUCUUUGUUAUAGACUGAAGCAAUCUGUUUUCACCCGCGUGUGGUUCGCGUGACACUCAGUGCACGUGCAUGUGACGACCGCGCUCUUUUCUCAAAUCAUCCAUGACUAAUCUAAUGUAAUCUUUUGCUUUGCAAUCUUUCUCUAUUCGCUUCCACCAUGACCUCAACGGACACACCAGUCGCGCGGCGGCUAUCUUCUGUGAAGCACAUCAUCAUCGUGCUUGCCGGGAAGGGAGGCGUUGGGAAAUCAUCCGUGUCUACACAACUCGCCCUAAACCUAUAUCAAUCAAGCCCCACUGCGAAAGUGGGCAUUCUUGACGUCGAUCUGACCGGACCUUCGAUACCUCGGAUGUUAGGAUUAGAUGGACAGGGUGUACAUCAGAGCAGCAGUGGCUGGGUGCCUGUGUAUGCGGACGGCGCGGAAGCUCGACUAGCGUGCAUGAGUGUUGGCUUUCUUCUCAAGAAGAAAGGCGACUCUGUGGUGUGGCGCGGUCCGAAGAAAAACGGGAUGAUAAGGCAGUUCCUAAGCGAUGUGCGAUGGGGUGACUUGGACUACUUGGUCAUCGACACGCCUCCAGGAACGUCGGACGAGCAUCUGUCGCUUCUCGAGCAUAUGGCCCCAGUCCAUUCCCGAUUGUCCUCGGUCAUUGUCACAACGCCGCAAGCCGUUGCGCUCAUGGACGGAAUGAAAUGCCUCUCGUUCACGCGAGCAGUCAACCUCCCCGUGCUGGGGCUGAUCGAAAAUAUGAGUGGCUACGUAUGUCCGUGUUGCGGAGAGGUCAGCAACGUCUUCUCGACGGGCGGAGGGAAGGCGAUGGCGGAACGAGAGGGGUUGAAAUUUCUUGGCAGCUUGCCCGUGGACACUGAGCUCGUCAGCUUGUUGGACGCCAGCGAUGACGUUGUGAAUCUAGCCGAGAUUGAUACCGACAAGAGCGCAGAAGGAUCAUUCACACUGCAAACCCGCUAUUCGAAGACGUCCUCGGCGAGCCUGUUUAAAGAAAUCACGGAAAACAUAUUUUCUGCGCUCGCCGAGCAGGCUGCCAGGAAUUGAACGUCGUGGCCAGGGUCGAAUUCUGUUAGGUGGACUCGAGGCGAUAAGCGGACAGAUGCGGAGACGGCUGUCGGGCCGGGCCCUGCCAUGCGGCCAUCAUCUGCGUGUUCUGCCUCGUGUCUGAUUGUUGAAUCCAACCGUGUUUCCUAAUUCGUCAUUCCAUAAGCCUUCUCAUAAGCCUUCUUCUUCCACCCGCAGGCGCUGAACCGCUGUUCUCAUGUUUUCUCCCUGCUGAUCUUGUACGAACAUCUACGAUUUCUUCCUGUAUCUGCUUCUGCGCCUCCAUCUGCUCGCUCUUUCUUCGUCUCACAAUCCUCCGGAGAGUCCGUUCAUCCUCGACCUCUACUUGACUUGAAGAACCUCGGCACGCGAUGGGCACGCGUAAUAUCGACCAUUCUGCUUCAGUCUUCGAAGUGGAUGACCCCCCUUAUACGUCGGCUGAGGACGACCCGUUCAACGUCCGAACCCUUUUCACUCAGCCUCGUCGCAGGCGCCAUAGCAUGCUGAACAAAUGGAUACGAGAACAACAGACUCUGCCGACGGAUGUUACCGAAGCCGACGUCGUCGAUUUACAGGAGGGUCCUUCAGUGCUGCCUGGGCCAGCACCACCUUCCAGCCGAUACCUUGCAUAUCCUGAACUGGGCAAGUUCACAUAUAAUGAAAGUGCAGUCUCCAUCAAUAGUUACGAUCUGUUGGAGGACGAUGAUAUCCCACCGAGCGACAAAGAUCCUUCGAACAUCGUUCCACCCACCUCUCCGAAUCGCUUGAGCGCCUCUUUACGCCAUCUUUCUCUAUCAUUCCGUUCGAGUUCGCCCAUCGGAUCUCGGGCAAGCUCCCUCGCAAUGCCCCGUACACCAUCACGCGGGCUGUUUUACCCCCGGAACUCCCGCAGCAGCUCGGAAUCGAUGCACCACGGGCGAACUGCCAGCUUGUCCACUCUGAAAGCUUUGUCAGGUGACCCAAGCUCCUUCACGCCUCCGCCCUCCGCAUCGAAAUCUCGUUGGCGCCCUAGUGUGCUAGGCCAUUUUGGGAUGUCCAGUCCACCUUCUCCUUCUCAAGCGUCGGUGUCUGACACCUUGCAUCGUUCGCGACCGAGUAUCUCGUCGAAUCACACAUACACCUCAACCACACAAACGACCACUGACGGGGACUUGCCGGUCACACCCCCUCGCAGCACUGUAGCCGACUCGGUUCGUGUCAAGAGCCAGAGCGGUCUUCGCCUGGCUGAAGAUGCGUCAACGUUUUCCCUGUGGUCAGGGCCUUCCUACCUGGACGAGCUCGGCACUCUUUCGCGGUCGCCAAGGAAUCCGGGGUCAACCAUGUCGUGCGAUGGGUACAUUGGCAUGCCACCCCGCAGGCCGCUGGGGCCGAAGCCAGGUACUCGCUUAGGAUUCGACUCCAACUUGGUCGCAUCCGCCCCCGCGCGGCAUGCGAAGCAAGAGAACCGGCCUGAGAUUGCGUACUCAUCGGUCGGCAAGACACGCAGCGUGCCUCGCGUGUCUUUCGCCUCGCUUGGUCCCCGCAAAAAGAAGAAGCGGCUUGUCAUCAGUGGAAUAGCUGCCGAGGAUGACCACAAAUUUGAAGCCGCGAAACGGUGGUGUGAGAGCUUUGGUGAAGUGAGCCAGAUCACGCGGAUGCCGAACGAUGACCUCCACGUGCAUUUCCGACAGGCGGAGGUCGCUGAUACCGUCUGCCGCCUCCGAGCUAAAGUCUAUAUCCGUGCCGUGGGGAGUGUGCAGCUUUCCUGGUACACGAGUUCCGAAAAUAGCCGAUGAAGAUAACGACCCUUGCAUAUUACAUUCACUUUCCCAUCCGCGCCUAAUCUUGUGACGACAUCCAUGCUUUCCCCACGACUGUUAUGUCCGUUCAUGCCAUCAAUAUGUACAGCUAUCACAGGUUACACUAAAUACCACUCGCCUAUUCGACCAUUCUAAUCAGGACCGAAGACCACUUGCAUCGAGAACACAUCUAAUACCAUGUACAUAUCUCUAUACCCCAUACGAUUCCACUCGCUGUCGUCGCUAUACUGCACUUGCUCUCGUUUCGUUUCGGAUAGCCCAAUAGGAUUUCUGCUUUGCUUUGCUUUGACCGCCCAAUUAUGGGAAUCAAUCUCCUGUGUGGUGGAGUGAUUGAUCGGCAAAUGUGGUCAUGAACAUUCGUCAACCGUCGUUCAGGACCACACAUCUUGUCUUAGCCCCAGCUGCAUGGAAAUCGAGGAAACCACGAAUUAUCUGAAAACUGAAAGCAGCCACGGAAAUAUUCCCCUUGUCAUCGUUCAAGGUUUUCUCGGCGGAGGAUCUACAUGGCUAUGGGGCGACUUCGAGCGGUAUCUCAACUCCGGGCAGGACCCAGCGCGUCAUAGACGUGUUAUAUUCGUCAGGUGAGCCCGCGCAGUCCAGCAUCCAGCCAGUCCGCUCACAAGCGUGCAGUAUCGGGCCUGUCAGCUCACUCCACGACCGAGCCUGUGAGUUGUAUCAUGCGCUUGUCGGCGGCACAGGCAAGUGUGUGUGCUUCCAUUUAGGGUCGAUGCUGAAAAUCGAGACCACUCCAGUCGAUUAUGGAGAAGCACACGCGAAGGCCCAUCACCACACGCGCUACGGCCGGCAUAUCGUGCAGGGUUCAUACCCAGACUGGUCCCCAGAAGCGCCUCUGCAUUUUCUGGGACAUUCUAUCGGAGGUCCGACGAUAAUCAAACUACAGCAUCUAAUCAGGACGGGGCACUUCGGGCAUUCGGCACAUCCACGGAUGGUGCGCUCUCUAACAACUAUUACUUCUCCAUUCCGUGGUACUCAAUCUGCAUACUUACUGGGGGAGCGCUCUGAUGCGGCACCCUUCGUUCGACCACUCUCCGUCGGCUCCCUGAUUGGGAAAGCCGUCCACGUUCUAUCGUUUCUCGCACCAGUCAUCCCCGCUUCUCUCAGCCUCGACCUGCAUGGGGACUGUCGCUCGCUGACGUACCGGGAUAUAUCCGUGCUCGAUCUACUGAAGCAGCUGUGGCGAAGCGAUUGGGCGGAGAGCGAAGAUGUCGCGCCGUUCGACGUGACAUUCCAGGCCUCAGACACGAGGGAAGAGAAGGGGGAGGGUUCCGUUGAGCCUGAGACGUAUUACAAGAGUUUCGUCUAUUGCAUGACCAAACCGCGGCGACGCAGGCUCAUCCUUGGGUCUCAUUCUAGAAUGCACACUCCGUCUUUGCAACAUCUCAUCACAUCUCCGCUCUCUUACUUGCUUUCCCUUCGCAUGGGAAUGUUCGACUUUUCUACUCUCAAGCCGCGUCCGUCGUUCCUGCGUGACGCGGGUCCCCUGCAACUGGGAGAAGAGUACUGGGCCAACGACGGUGUUGUUCCGUUGUUCUCUCAGUGGCAUCCGCUUCCAUGCAGUCGAACAAGUUGUUCCCACAGACCGUUAUCCAAAGGUGCGAGGGUGCAGCCUGGGACCUGGUACGUGAAAGAGGCGGAGGGGCAUCAUCUGUCGGUCGUUCCGCUGUGGUUGGGCACCGAAACUCAACGGGAGUUUUGGUCGGAGGUGGGGGAAUGGCUGCGAACGGUGGAGAUGCAGAUAUAGUCGCACCGACGCCUGCUUUAUAUGUUUAUUGGUAAUCUAACUAGAUCCAUGUUGUAUCACAAUCUCAUGCAUAGUCGUAUUCCGGGAAGCUACCUAUGUGACCUACCUAUAGAAAUCCGAUUCAAA